CCUUCUCAACGCUCAUUUUCAUCUAUUUCUUCUUCGUUUUUCAUUUGUGUAUUGUAUUGUGUGUGUAUCUUACGAAAUGAGAUGAUUCGUAGAAUCAUUUGAUAUCUGAUUUCGAUCUCUCUCUCUCUCUCUCUCUCUGUUAGAUCAAAAUUAAUAUUCUGGGAGAUUUCUCUGUGUCUGUUCAUGGCAGUGGUUAUGGUGUUAGAAAGGAGAGAUCUUUGUCUCUGUAAGAUCAAAUUAAGGGUGUGUUCUCUUGCGUGAAACGGAAGGAAACAAAAAAAAAAGGAAAAGGGACUUUCUUCUUUAUCUUUCGCGUUUCAUUUUAGAUUACUGUAUAGCGUAAAGUUGAUCGUGGAUUCAGAUUUUGUAGAGAAAUGGGGAAUGUAUGUGUUCAUAUUGUCAACAAUUGUGUGGAUACGAAAUCGAAUUCAUGGGUUCGUCCCACAGAUCUCAUCAUGGAUCAUCCAUUGAAGCCUCAGCUCCCAGACAAGCCUCCCAACCAAAUGCUAAUGUUCAAGGAUGAUGAGAAACCCAAGCUUGACACUCAUGGAGCCCCUAAAUCACUUGAGGAGGAGAAGGCGAAGCAAACGAGUGAGACGAGGAAGUGCAGUGAAGAAGAAGAGAAGAAGAAGCGAGCCGUUGGGAUCGCGUGUGGGAACAGCAGAAGAACGGCUCACAACGUGAGGAGACUGAUGAGUGCAGGGCUACAGGCAGAGUCUGUGUUGAAGACGAAGACAGGGCAUUUGAAGGAAUACUAUAACUUGGGGAGCAAGUUAGGUCACGGGCAGUUUGGGACGACGUUCGUGUGCAGAGAGAAAGGAACAGGGGAGGAAUACGCCUGCAAGUCGAUCCCGAAGAGGAAGCUAGAGAACGAAGAAGACGUGGAAGAUGUGAGAAGAGAGAUUGAGAUAAUGAAACAUCUCUUGGGUCAACCAAACGUGAUCUCCAUCAAAGGAGCUUAUGAAGACUCAGUGGCUGUUCACAUGGUGAUGGAGCUCUGCAGAGGAGGUGAGCUGUUUGAUAGAAUAGUGGAGAGAGGGCAUUACUCCGAGAGGAAAGCUGCUCAGUUGGCUAAGGUCAUACUUGGUGUGGUCCAGACUUGCCACUCUUUAGGUGUGAUGCAUAGAGAUCUUAAACCUGAGAACUUUCUAUUUGUCAACGAUGACGAGGAUUCGCCUCUUAAGGCUAUAGAUUUCGGGUUAUCUAUGUUCGUCAAGCCUGGAGAGAACUUUACAGAUGUGGUUGGAAGUCCGUACUACAUUGCGCCUGAAGUUUUGAACAAGGAUUAUGGUCCAGAAGCAGAUAUUUGGAGUGCGGGUGUGAUGAUUUACGUGCUGCUCUCUGGUUCAGCUCCGUUUUGGGGAGAGACGGAAGAAGAAAUCUUCAAUGAGGUUCUGCAAGGUGAGCUUGAUUUGUCAUCAGAUCCUUGGCCACAAGUAUCUGAAAGCGCAAAAGAUUUGAUCAGAAAGAUGCUCGAAAGAAACCCAAAACAGAGACUCACUGCUCAACAAGUCUUGUGCCAUCCAUGGAUAAGGGAUGAAGGAAAUGCACCAGAUACACCACUUGACACAACUGUGUUGAGUCGCUUGAGGAAGUUUUCGGCAACAGACAAGCUCAAGAAGAUGGCUUUAAGAGUGAUUGCAGAAAGGCUUUCAGAAGAAGAUAUUCACGGGCUUAGAGAAACAUUCAAGACUAUAGACAGUGACAAGAACGGGAGAGUUACUUAUAAAGAACUCAAAACCGUUUUUGAAAGAUUCAACACAAAUCUUGACAACUCUGACAUCAAUGGUCUUAUGCAAACGCCAACGGAUGUGCAUUUGGAAGACACAGUAGACUACGAGGAAGUCAUAAGCGCGAUUGUAAGACUGAAACAAUUACAAGAUGAGGAAGCAAAUGAUCGUUCAGACUCAUCAGUAAAAGUGUAAUGAAGUUGGCGUGAAAUAUAUUGUUGUCUGAAGAAGAGUAAUGAGUACUCUCAAAAGUCAAAACUGAUGAUGACGAAUAUUGGAGGAUGCUACAAAAGGGCUGGAACAAAAUGAAAUAAGAGAGGCAUAACAAGGAGAAGAGGGACACAAAGAGGCCACAAGAAAAGAAGAGUAAGUUGAUGGAGGGAAAGAAAAUAACUGGGAUGUUUAUUAUAUGUUUAAAAAAAAGUUAAGAGCAAAAAAAAAAUGAAAGCUGUGUUUGUAUAUAUAUAAAUUGUAGUAGAAGGGAUAAGGAGACACAAAUUAAACUCAGGUGAUAUUGAUGCUUUCAAUACUGCUCUUUUCUUUGUGCCUUAAGCUGAUGAGGGUCAUAUUAGGAAUAGCAAAGGAUGAAUCUGUAUCGAAAGAGAAUUAAAAGUUUUGAAAUAUUUAGCCCAUAGUUUAAAGAUGUUAUUG